UUGGUGUUUGUUUUUCAGUUUUGUAGGCAGCAUCGUUUCAAGUUCAUGCUCUCAGUCACAUUCGUCUAUCGCCACAUUAGUAAAAGUGCCCGUGCGUAUACGUUACCGGUGUACGAUCGAAACGCAACAAAACUUGUGCGAUCUCGUUGUGCGCCCCCAUGUACGCACUCCACGUACGGCACCCGUGAGAUUCACGUAUCAGUUUAGCAGUGAUCGCGAACGCGUCUGUUACGCUAUGUGUCAGUCGUUGGGCGGGUGUAACCGAUCGUUGGAAAAUGUGUUUUUAUUGAAUAGUUAAGGUACAAUCGGUUUUUGUUGAAUGUGCUUCGCUUAGUUAUAGAAAUUAUGAAACUCCCAAGAAGAUAGAUACAGUUUACUCAGCCAAAAGUCUAUUCCCAUUAUUGGAACAGAGAAGUGUUGUUCCUGCCAGUAGUAUCACAUCGGUAUAUAAACAAGCUCCUUUGCCAAAGGGAAUUUCAAUCGAAGUGAGUGAACAUGUCUGACUAACGAUGACGACAUCGCACCACGUGUACUAUCUGUGCUAGUGACAUUGAACUUCACCAAUCACCAAGGACACCGAUAGUUCUAUGCUCUAUGAUCGAGUUAGUUAGCUCAUUUGCCCGAUCCACUGAGCACAGCGCGUAAUAAUUGAUACCGUUUUGUUGAUGUGAAAACUGGUUCUGAUGCAACUAUAGGUGCACAAAAGAAGUUAUCAGUCAUGUCACUAGAAGAAACACGUCGAACCCAGCGACCAUAUCGCUAUGGGAUGAUGCUGUUAUGUGUUGGCGCAUUGGUGAAUUGGUUGGGUCUGGCCGAAAAUUAUUCAGAACCAGUACGAUAUGCGGGAGUUGCAUGUAUUUUAGCAGGUGCCUGUCUCAUAUGUACUGCAAUGUGUUGUUGGCUUCACACACCCGGUCGAUCGGGAACGAAUGGUGACGAGGGCGAUGAUCCUGUUCACGUCAUUAGUGCUAAUGAUGAACGAAGGAGUGAAAAGCCUCCUGACUACGACACUGUUGCUGCCGCCCCACCAAGCUACGACGAUGCGAUCAAGCUUGAUCCUGCCGCUCUUUUACACUUAUCAAUAGCAUCGAACGUAAAUGUCAGCAGUAAUGCGAAUAUCAAUUACAUCCCUACAGUACAUCCUAGCUCAUCCCAUACAAUGAGUAAUAGUAAUUGUACUGAAACCGUUCAAAGCACUGAAGGUAGCCAAAUACUAGACUGUUCUAUUACCGUUUGCGAUGAAAAAAUGUGUUCCGAGAAACCACCUCCCUACGCAGAACCAGUCGUCUGUGGCACAAGUAUUUCAUCUGAAGAACGAACAUCUCGCAGUACUAACUGAACUACCGGGAUGCGUUUAGCUCUAUCACGAAUAUAACGAACUUUCUAUAAUGUUUUGCGUUGAAGUUUCCUGCCCUUCUAAAUCAGGAAACAAUAAGCAAAACACAGAAAUCAUGGCUGUGUUCGUAUUUCUUAAAUUGUAAGCUUCCGUUUCCUGCACAGAAAUGUUCUAGUUAAAUAUCAAAUCGCGAAGAGCGAUAGAACGUAGGUGUCUGCAGCACUCAACUAAAAUGCUGUACAGUAUUAGCGAUGCCAUAAUUAAAGCGAACGAUGUUCGUAAGAAGACAACGUAUUUAUACUUAAAUCAUGCUCAACACUCCCAACAUAGUUGAGGAUUUCUAUUGUAUCAGUCGUAAUAGCGUUUACGCAAAGAUAAAGGAAUUGUAGCUAGGGAACCUUAUUUACAUUAGCACUCAGUCGAUAGGAGCCUAAGGAAAAUAUCCAAACGAUUCUGGGGAACUGAAUGUACAUAUGAUCACGGAUGUAAUCCUGCCUUAUAAUUGGAUUUAUUUGUGUGAUAAUAGUACCAUAAGUGAAUAAAGAUUCCCAUUAUCAUGUA